AUGACGGGUUUUGAUCCCAAUAGUGCAGUUGUUGAAGCAGAUAAUCCCCUAUUGACUGAACAACGUGCCCAAGUGACGGGACGAGAACUUCAGCGAUUGCUCAGUGUUGCUCAUCAAAGUCUCGACGAAGCACAGGAAAGGAAACAAUCUCUCAACAGUCAUCGACUGAAGCCAGCCUUGUACAGUGUAUUUUGCGAAAUUAAGGAAAAGACGGGUAAGUGUCUGAUGUAUUACGCUUUUUUGACAGAGCUACAAAUGCUGUUCGACGUUCCGUAUGACAUUUUGGGUACCCUAUUCAUUUGGACAAGCAUGGUGCGUGUUUCUGAGGAAAACCUGUCGAGCGUUUGUUCAGAUUGUGGUCACUUGGAGGUCCAAACGAUAGUAUCUCUGUUUCUAUGCUGUUUUGGGAAACGCACUCUAAUUCUGCCUUCGUUAUUUUUGCCUUUUAUCCAUCUACAAUUAGCUUUGAGUUUGCGCAAUUCCGCUGCAUCUGCCGUGGAGGAUGAAGCAAAUUCUCCUGAUCCCCAGUUGCUCCGCUUGGACAAAAUGCUAGUCGCUGAGGGUGUGACUGGGCCCGGUGGGGGGUUGGCUAACGAUCUAAAUGAUGCCGGAGGUGAUUUGGGCGGUGGAGCCGGGAAUGACUGCAAUCAGAUCGAACACGCAGACUAUCGAGCAAAGCUAGCCCAAAUUCGACAAAUUUAUCAUGCGGAGCUGGAGAAAUACAAAAACGCAUGCGAUGAGUUCACUGGACAUGUGAUUAAUUUGUUACGCGAACAGAGUCGCAGUCGACCAAUCAGUCCGGCUGAAAUCGAGCUCAUGGUUGGCAUCAUCCGACGCAAAUUCCGUGCGAUCGAAACUCAACUGAAACAGAGCACAUGCGAAGCUGUGAUGAUAUUGCGUUCGCGGUUCUUAGAUGCUCGACGAAAACGACGCAAUUUCAGCAAAGAAGCCACGGAAGUACUGAACGAGUAUUUCUACUCUCAUCUUGCCAACCCUUAUCCAUCAGAGGAAGCCAAGGAGGAACUUGCGAAAAAAUGUGGAAUUACCGUAUCACAGGUUUCCAACUGGUUUGGCAACAAACGUAUCCGGUACAAGAAAAAUAUUGUCAAAGCACAAGAAGAAGCCAACAUGUAUGCCGCUGCCACCGCUGCCGCAGCUGCGGCAGCAAGUUCAGCAGCUUCGGGACCUGGUCCAGCUUCCUCAGACGAACAUUCUGUCGGUGGUUUCGGGCAUGGAGGAUAUGAUUAUGAAGAUUCCAUGGGUCUCAGUCGACCGGUUCCUCAAAUGUCCGAUCACGAUUCAUGGAUGACCGGUGCGCCACCAGGGGGCAUUACACCCGGGUCCAUGGAUGAGCCGGAUAGAAAACGCAGUAAGCUGUGA